GCAUCUUGCCUAGGCUUUGUGCCCAUAUAUCUCCAAGAAACAUGGCCACCACCUGUUCCGCGAAGCGUCAACCGCCCCCAAGUUCCCCUUUGCUUCUAAAACGAAAACGAACCAAGCUAGAGCCUGAGCCUCCGAGGUUGGGAGAGGAAUCCAACAUUUGGCCGGCACAUAAUGGCUUGGCCUCUUCAUCUCCCCCGAGGAAGCGGGAAAAGUCUGAAAUAUCUGACUCUGAGGGAGACCCUCUUGAUUUGUCCGGAGAAGAUGGCUCUCAGAACACAGCUAGGAAGCGUGAUCCUCAAGAAAUUCUCUCUGAUAUCCUCCCAUCGACAGAGAUCUCGCCCACGAGGUCAAGCCCUCUGGAAAAACAUCACGCUUGGCAGCAAGGUACAAGUGAGAUAGAGGAUCUUAUCGAGGACGACGUUGGUGAGGAGAGUUAUUCUACCUGGGACGAGGAUGCAAUACAUACCGAAGACCGGGCUAACGACGACGAUGAGAAACGCGAGGACUGCAGAGAUGAAGACAAGGAGGAUUGCAGGAGCCGACUCAGUACACCAGAUGUGGUUUCUUGAGAACCUGGGAAAUAUGGCCUAUUCAUUCUUGUCGUUGUAAGUCUAAUGUGGUUUUCCAGGCCUACAAUAUCUAAGUAGUUUGGCUAAUCGAGGUAUAGACGAGGGUCUGUAACGGUCAAGCUAUGUUCGUAAAGAAAGAAAGAAUACCCCCUAUGUUGCUCACGAACUAGACAGGUA